AUGGCUCGUUUCACUCACACACAACUGGACGAAGCGACCACACCACGUCGAGUAUCAUCAACCGACGCGUCUAUCAUCGAUAAAGAAAAUCGCCCGCAGAGCGUUGAUAAGAGAUCGAAAACGGCGAUGCCACUCUCGCACCAGCAGGGUAAACGGCGGCGACUGGCCGACCGUGAUUUGAAUAGCCAGGUCGGGCAGUCCGAGAGUGACAAACGAUACUAUGAUCCCGAUCAGGACCCCGAAGAGCGCAGAAAUGUUAGAAGAGGACUGAGAGACCUCGGAAGGGAGCUGAACGAUACCCGGGGCGAGCUUAUGCAACCUGGAAAUGAUGGAAUCUUCACCAUUGUCGAACAAGCAAAUCAAUUUUACGCCAACGUGAAGCAGACCUCGGACGCCACACUCGAUUCGCGCCUUUUGGUCAAUGCCGCCGACCUAUCGCAUAAAAAGGCCGCCCAGCUCGCCCUCGGCGAUACCGCCGCUGGCAUUGAUGUAGACGAAUUUGUCUCCAAAUGUGUGUCCUUCAUGCGUCGCGGUCCAAACAAUGCGACAGCUUCUAGCAACGGAACCCAGGGACGCCGAGGGCGACUUGGUUGGAGCCAACGCGAUCCGGAGGCCAGCGACGAAGAUGAUGCUGGCGAUGCGAUGAACUGGGACACGCUCGGACAGGCUGCCUGCUUUCCUUAUAAUUCUCGACCAGCCGUUUCGGGGUGGUUAUUGGGGCCGCUAUCACUACAGAAGCGUACAAGGCAACUCACACAGCGGAGAGCACAUGAUCGCAUCGAUCGGACGCAAGCUAUCGCACCUCAAGAACUGGGGCAGGAGGACCUUGGUCAGCAAGAGAAUGCAAACCUCACUGUGGUGUGUUCCCAGAUCAAUAAAUUGUUGGCACACCACCAGGACGAGGGCCUGAAACUUGCCGAAGAUGCUCUUUCCGGAAUGGAGGACAUUACUACGGAAAAGGCUCAGGAGAUUAUGGACAAGUAUAAUGUCGCAGAUGACGGGGGAAUUCCUCUCUUCCGUUUCUGCAUUAAUCCAGAGUCUUUUGGGCAGAGCAUUGAAAACCUGUUCUAUGUCAGUUUCCUAGUUCGUGAUGGCACAGUGGGUGUCUCUACUGAUAGUCGCGGGCUGCCGACUCUUCACGCGGCGGCACCAUUUGCUCCCAGCGAAGCCCAAAAGCAGGGUAUACAGAAGCACCAGACUGUUUUCAGCUUGGAUCAUGAAACGUGGGAAGAAUUGACCAAAGUGUUCGGUAUUAAGGAGUCGCUCAUUCCUCACCGGGAGGAGACACAAGCAGAGACCGGCACAAGUUGGUAUGGCUAG